UCUCUCUCUCUAGAAAUCCAACCCUGUAAAGAGAGAGUCUUUUAACUGGGAUAGCUUAUCACAGCAUGUGUUUCAUUUCAUGCUCUAUUCUUUAAUAGUAUAUUGUUUCCUUUCCAAGAAACAGACGUCUCAUUUGCAGAACAAAUCACGAGCGUGAGACAGAGAGAGGGAGAGAGAGGGAGAGCAGUUCUUCCUGAGAUGACGAAGGUUUUCUCAGCUCUGUUGCUUCUCUUUCUUUCGUUGAAUUGCUUUGAAGAGCUCGGAUCUGAAGCUCAACAGCUGGCUGCUGAAGAAGUUAACGCGCUUAGAGCGAUCGCACUGAAGUUAAAGAAGACAGAUUGGGAUUUCAACGUAGAUCCUUGCAACCAGACAACCGCAUGGAUCAUGACUCCAUCGGGUCUCUACGAUAACAACGUUACAUGCUCCUGCAACACUACGGUUUGCCAUGUUGUUAGCAUAGUGCUAAAGGGUCAGAACCUAACUGGAGUUCUACCUGCGGAAUUUGCUAACCUGACCUUCCUACAGAAUAUCGAUCUUUCUCGCAACUAUCUCAACGGAUCGAUCCCUGCUGCAUGGGCUUCCCUUCCUCUCACCGAUUUGUCGCUUUUGGGAAAUCGCAUUUCUGGAACAAUUCCAAAGGAGCUAGGAAACAUCAUGACACUCAAGUCACUAGUCAUUGAAGUUAACGAGGUCAAAGGACCUCUUCCUCCAGAGCUUGGUAAUUUGCGCAGCUUGGAGAGAUUCCUUGCUUGUUCGAAUAACUUGACAGGAGAAAUACCUGUUACCUUCGGCAACCUUAGAAACUUGACGGACUUUAGGAUAGAUGGGAAUCUUAUCUCCGGUAAGAUCCCUGAUUUCAUUGGGAACUGGACACGACUCGCGAGACUGGAUAUGCAAGGCACGUCUAUGACGGGACCUAUUCCUCCUAACAUUGCUUUCUUGGUGAAUCUAACUGAGCUGAGGAUAUCUGAUUUGAAUGGAUCAAGCAUGCCUUUCCCUGCAUUGGGGAAUAUGACCAAAAUGCAGAAAUUGGUACUAAGAAAUUGCUUGAUUUCUGACAUAAUCCCACAAUAUAUUGGGACAAUGACAGAUCUGAAAUCCUUAGACCUUUCCUUUAACAAUUUGACAGGAGAAAUUCCAAGCAGCUUUUCAAGACUCUCAGCACUAGAUUAUAUGUAUCUUACUAGCAACAUGCUGACUGAGGUCAUACCCUCUUGGGUCCGAGGAAGCAACCAUAACUUGGACUUAUCUUACAACAAUUUUACCAAAUCUGAUAUAACCCAAUGCUCAGGAGGAAACUUGAAUUUUGUGGCUAGCCAUUCAUCUGUAGAAGACAAUUCGGUUGCAGCAUGCUUAAGAAGGAACUACCCCUGCUAUGGAAAUGCACAGAACUAUAACUUAUUCAUAAAUUGUGGUGGUGGGGCACUGACUGUUGGUGAACAAGAAUAUGAAGCUGAUACACAACAGAAUGGGAUAUCCGCAUUCUACACCAAUGAUAGAUGGGCAUAUAGCAGUACAGGGGACUUUACCGGCAAUGACCAAGCACCAUUCAUUGCAACGAACACAUCUAUUGCCAAUCAAGAUUUGUAUGCAACAGCUCGCCUGGCACCUCUCUCCCUCAAAUACUAUGGGAUUUGCUUACAAAAUGGAAAUUAUACAGUUGGACUACAUUUCUCUGAAAUAAUCUUCACAGAUGACCAAACAUUUCUCAGUGUCGGGAAGCGCAUAUUUGAUGUAUCAAUCCAGGGCGAAAUUAAAUUGAAGGAUUUCAACAUUGAAGAGCAGGCUGGUGGUGCCGGCAUUGCAAUUGUUCGGAAUUUUAGUACUCUUGUGACCAACCACACUUUGGAGAUUCACUUAUAUUGGGCUGGGAAAGGGACCACUGCAAUUCCAGAUAGAGGUGUAUAUGGACCUCUAAUUUCAGCUAUUACAGUGACACCAAACUUUGUACCUGAUACAGGUGAUGAUGGCAGUGGGCUAUCUGCUGGAGCAAUAGUUGGCAUCGUAGCUGGUUGUUGCAUUGUUGUCGGAUUGAUUUUGGUAUUUCUUUGGAUGAAAGGUUGCUUAGGAGUUAAAGACCUUGUGAAUGAAGAACUUCGAGGCCUAGAGUUACAAACAGGUUACUUCAGCUUAAGACAGAUAAAAGCUGCCACCAAUAACUUUGAUCCCGCAAAUAAGAUAGGCGAAGGCGGAUUUGGGCCAGUUUAUAAGGGUACCCUUCCAGAUGGCUCCACAAUCGCUGUGAAGCAGCUCUCAUCCAAGUCAAAGCAAGGGAACCGUGAAUUUGUCAAUGAGAUAGGAAUGAUCUCUGCUUUGCAGCACCCAAAUCUUGUGAAGCUUUUUGGAUGCUGUAUUGAAGGGAACCAGUUGCUGCUGAUAUAUGAAUACAUGGAGAAUAACAGCCUUGCCCGUGCAAUAUUUGGUCGUGAGGAUCAACGCUUGAAACUAGAUUGGCCAACAAGGCGUAAGAUUUGUGUGGGUAUAGCGAGGGGUUUAGCCUAUCUUCACGAAGAGUCAAGGCUGAAGAUUGUUCAUAGAGACAUCAAGGCAACCAAUGUUCUGCUUGAUAAGGAUCUCAAUGCUAAGAUAUCUGACUUUGGUUUGGCUAAACUUGAUGAAGAGGAGAACACCCACAUCAGCACUCGAAUAGCUGGAACUAUAGGAUAUAUGGCUCCGGAAUAUGCAAUGAGGGGUUACUUGACAGACAAAGCGGAUGUUUACAGCUAUGGAGUCGUUUUACUAGAGAUUGUCAGUGGUAAGAGCAACACCAACUAUAGGCCCAAGGAGGAGUUCGUUUAUCUUCUUGAUUGGGCAUAUGUCCUACAUGAGAAGGGAAGCCUCUUAGAACUGGUUGACCCAGUCCUUGGAUCAGACUACUCAAAGGAAGAGGCAUUGAGGAUGCUGAAGUUGGCUCUCCUGUGCACCAACCCGUCUCCUACCCUCAGGCCCAUUAUGUCUACUGUGGUUCGCAUGCUUGAGGGACAAGCUGUCAUCCGAGUCCCGACCAUGAAGUCUGCUUCAUCGAGUGAGGAUUGGAGGUUCAAGUCAUUUGAGCACUUCUCUCAGGACAGCCAAAAGCAUAGCAUUUCAAUGGAAGGGCCAUGGAUGGAUUCAUCGGUGUCUCUCCGGAGUAAAGAUGAAGAAACAGGUGCCCAGUCCUCAAAGACAAAUCUUCUACCUGAUCGCCUUGAUAUGAGCUGAAAUUGAACCAUGUGAUGAGAGGUAAGAAACAGUUCCAAUGCCUUAUGUUAUGUUAUGAGUCUGUUUAUUCUUCCCGAUUUGCAAUUGACUGGGAGUGGUUCCAGUUUCCCACCCCAGCCCAAACCGCAAGUGGUUUAGUUGUGCUGAAACAGCACAGCAGUCCCAAUUUCUGCGAGCUUCCAAUUUCUUCUGUUUCCCUUUCUUUGUUCGCAGUUUGUAAUUCAUUGUUUCUUAGAAGUCACUAAAUGCAUUCUUGUCCCGUACUGUGGAUGCAUGCCCUUUGGAUUGCUAGCAUUAGACAGUUGAGAUUAUGCAGCAGAUCACUAGCUAGCAGGAUCUGGUCCAUUGAAAUUUUGUAUUCAUUGGCUUUGUAAAGAGUUUGUGUAUGUGUGCUUUUAUAAACUUAUUCUUUUAAUAGUUGCAAGAUAGGGUGUGUCCAAAUAUCGAUAGAAAUAUACAGGCUUACAAAGUGAUUUUGAUUGAA